AUGGAGGAAGACAGAGGCAUGAAACAGAGGUCGUGGGAUACCUGCAGGGAGGUUUCCAUCAUUGAAGAUGAACAGACGCCAUGGAAGAUGAUCCAACUACUGAAGAUAGUCUCUCUGGCUAUUGUCGCAGUGUUUGUGUUUGGAUUGGCGCUAUGUAGCAAGAGUACGUUCCUACUCCUCAUCACCUUGUCCAACGAAGGCACAAAAGUCCUCCCAGAUGACAUGAAACCUGUUGCUCUACUUUGUAUCGGCUGCGCUCUCAUCAUUUCCAGUGUUUUGCUAUUGCUCAAAAGCAUUUGGAAGUCAUGCUAUAAAACAUCAAAGCUGCCAAGAAAAUCAACUAUUGCCCUGGUCCUGUUCUUUGAGUUCCUGGUGGCUAUGGGUGCAGCGAUUCUCACCAUAGUGGCAAUGCCACACUUGGACAUCGUGACCAACGUGACGAUUCUGAAUGGUGUAGCCGUCCUCUCCGCGCUCCUACAGGUGAUCACUCAGUGCUCCGCCAAAGAAAGGAACCGCUUCCUGCUGCCGUCCAUCUUUGCCUUCAUCCUCAUUUUGCUGGGUUACGCCCUGUUCCUCUAUCUAUACAUCACGAAGCAUCCUACAGAUAUCAAGAUGAUCAUUUGGGUGGGUCUGGCUGUUGGUGCGUCCUUCUUGGUGUCUUUCAACUGGUGGGAGAACUACUUGAGACUUAUCAGCAAGAGCAGCAGCUCCGUAUUCCUCAAGAACUUGUGUAAAGACUUGACAAAGUGCCAGAACAUGCUAAACAUCCUCACCAGCCUGCUCAGGAUCGCUGUGACCGCCUGUGUGCUCGGAGCCUUUGUCCCUCUGGACAAAAUGGACUGGAACAUCGUGACCUCCAUCCCGAGCCGUGAGACAAAAAUUAUAGCCAUCAUCAUCGGGGUCCAGCUGAUUUCAUCUGCACUCUGCCACUGGUUUUCUUUGGUAGCCUGCAAGAUGCACGCCCUGCGGCGAUGCUUCAUCCUGCCUUUGUACCUGGCCUCCCUGGCCGUCAUGGUUCUGUUCAUCGUCCCCGUUAUCGUUUACUAUCAAGACUACAGAACAAGUCUGAACGGGACUGCAAUCAACUUCACAGGCUACUGCAAUCAAGUUGUGGAUGGAAGAAACCAAAGCCUAAAUGGCAGUGUGUUCCCACAGCUGGUUUUGGAUGUCACACACACUCUGUGCUUCCUGGACAUGUCCAAGAUAGCUGACAUUGGAUUAUUGACAGGGUCGGCAGUAUCCUGGUGGCUCGGCCUUUUGUUGGCCACCCUCCAUCUGUGGUACCUAAACAUGGAUCGUAUCCAGAGGACCCAAGACCUGUUCAUCAGGAGGCUUUAUGAAGGAGCAUUUAUCGAACAGUCCUUGCUCCUCAACACCCGAUUCGACAUCCUGUCCAAAGACAGGAAAAAUAAGGUAGUUGAUACAUUGAUGGUGUAUCUGUGUGCAACAAUGUGGCAUGAAACCUACGAUGAGAUGAUGAACAUCAUUAUCUCAAUAUUCAGACUGGACAAGUACAGACCAAAGACAGAUCAAAAGUACACUGAUUUCACCUUUGAAACCCAUAUCUACUUUGAUGACGCGUUCAAAGAUGUCAAGGGGAACGGAAGGGGUCGUCACCUCAACAUAUACGCACAGCACCUUGUGGAAAUCCUCACAGAAGUUUAUGGGUAA